CCCUGCCUUUUGCCUAAUGUGUGUGGGGUGACCCCCGUGACCCUAAUUAGGAAUAAAGCAGGUAUAGUCAAUGGAUGGAUGGAUGGAUAUGCAAAGUCUUCCAGGGUGGAGUUUUCCUUGAAGAGGAUGCAUCUAUUAGUAAAAAAUUUUCCUCAGUCCCAUCUGGUGUCUUUUGUAUUAAUCCACUAACAGCAUGACGACCAUCUGCUCUCAUAUAGACUGCAUUGUAAUUCCCAGACACUUCCCACAGAGCUUCCUACUACAUUUUGGAGAGCUGUGGUGUAUUUUGUAAGCCAGGCUUUAGGAAUUUAUAUAUUUAAUUUUUUAUAACAGUAAUAAAAAAGUCGGGAUUAAUGACGCUGGCGCUAGGUGGCGCCAAAGAGAGCCGAACUGACCCCUAUAGCGGACAGCAGGCAGGACAAACAGCGCGACUGAAACUCCGCAAUGGAAAGUUUGAAAGUCUCUUCUCACUCCAUGGCGAAUUUAGAUGAAAAUGAAAUGGUGGAAUAAUGCUGCGCAGACCUUUUAUUCUCCACAAAAGCGUGGAGGAUGGGAACACGGACUCCGGAGCCGAAACCGCAGGAUCAGACUGCAGCAAAAUGUCUUGCAGUAGCAUUGACCUCAUGACACGUGAUCCCCUACCUGUCGCCAUACACCUACUGGCCAACCCGGGUGACUCUCUCCUCCUUCAGCACACACUCGACCGCCUGCUUGAUUGGGUGUGUCCUGGCUUGCGCCUCUUCCAUGUGUCUGAACGCGCCUGCCCGGUACGUGAGUACAACCGUGCUCACUUGUGCCCACCAACCAGCUACCCAUCUAUAGCAGUCACCUUUUUCCUACACGAGUCCUAUGGUGAAGAACGCAUCCUCCGGGUCCUUGACUUCCUCCAGCGCCCACCCUGGCAGUACCACCACACUGAGAAUGGCCACGCGAGCUCUGAUGCCAUGCUUCGACCUUACCUGCUGCCUGGAAGGGACUUCUACAGUCUUGGCCCCGGGAUGCCGGUGUGGGCCGUGCGUCCGGUGCAUUGCGGAGCUGAAGUGCUGCGUGUGACUCUGCACAGCGGGCACGAGAACUUUGAGGACGCUGUGAGACUUUACGAGACCGUGUUGCGUUUGAGGGCUGAGGAGCAGAAAGCUGGGUUUUGUUGGUUUACCUUGCUGAAAGAAAGGACUUUCAGUCUGCAGCUAGCACUCAAGCAGCUGGCACCUGGGGUACGGGUGGAGACGUGCCACUCUGCUGUGCUGCAGUUCAGGGUGGGGGAGAUCGGCCAGCUCGUGCCCCUGCUGCCCAACCCGUGCUCACCUAUCAGCGCCACCCGCUGGCAGACAGAGGAUCUGGAUGGUAGCAAGAUCCUCUUUCAGGUCAAAGGAGGAACACAGCCACAGAGGCUCUUCACGUCCGCUUUUCCCCUAAGCUGCCCUGCUCUUCCUUCUAGAUCACUGUUGAAAUGUCCAGUUCCAAUCUCGGCCUCCCCGGGCACCAGGCUGUGCCAGUUUAAAGAGCGUGGUCUGGGUAGCGCUGCCGGAUCGCACAGAUUGGCAGGAGGUCUCACGGAGAGCUUUGGUUCCAGCAGCGCUUGUAGUACUCCUCCUGGCAGCUCCUGCUACUCAUCCCAGUGCAGCAGUCCUGCCCUUCUAUCUAUCAAUCCCUUUGAGCCAAUCGUACCCUCCGGUGCAUCUGCGGCUCAGCUCGUGCUGGAGGAGGAGGAGGAAGAGAAGGAGCCAGAGACAAACGUAGACACAGGGUGUGCUGUCAAUAUACAGAGACCUGCUCUGGAUACACUAGCAAGAGAUCUAAGAUGCUGCCUACCAGAGGUACAGAGGGCGUGGGGUGGAUCAGAAGGAGAGAGUCUUUCAGACCACAUGGCAGCACAGUGUCACAUUCAAGAGCAAGAACAAGUGGAUGAGUUCUUUAUCUGAUUCUCUGCUGCACAUUGUAAUGUAUUUAAUUAGGGUUGUACCAAGCUGGUACUGAGUACGCAUAUCACAGCGAGCAAGGCUCGAUCGGCAUUAAAACCCGGUCCACUUUACGCCGUGGACAUGCCAGCAAAUUGGGACGCAGCACCUAUUAUGUUUUGCAGAGCAGAACCUCACGGACUCGCAGUACAUCAGUACUGAAUCAAAAUGAAUAACCUGCCUAAGACCAAGGCCAAGGAAUUACAUCAAAAAGGGAUAAGGGGCAUCCCUGGAUUUUUAAACGUGAUAUAGUCAUAAUCAUGAGAUAAUGGAGUCAGGAUGCUUAGGCAUAUAACGUCUGUGCAGUUUGGAGCAAUGCAGUCUGAUACUGCUUCCUUAUCCUGGGCAGAACCGACGGCAACGUUGCAUAUGGUGCAUUUAUCAGAGAAGAAAUGCUCCAAUUCUGUUCCAACAAAACCCCUGACUGAGGAAAAAUAUUUACAAAUGCUGAAUUAUGAAAUGGUCGCAAAAAGGUCUGGCAGUUGUCCCGCUGGUACGUCAGCAUUUCUGUUGUGAAUUAUAGUGUUGAUCAGGCAGCAUCAUAUUUUCUUUAUAUGGUCAAAGCAAAAGUAAGAGUGCAGAUCAAGGAUCUGUGUUACACCAGCAACUGAAAAACAUGAGCAGGAUGAACACACACCAAUUAUAAUUGAAGACAGGAGAGGCUGAAUGUUUAGAGUCGGACACAGUUUGGGUGGAGAAUCCCUGCUUGCCUCUUGAAGCAACUUUUCUUCAUUGCAAAAUUCGUUCUUUCUUUUGUUAAGCAGGGAAAUCUUGAUUAGAAACUAUCCAGAAACAUAUAUUAUAUAUAUAUAUAUAUAUACACA